ACAAAAAUGUCAGCGCCUGUGAUCAAAGCUGAGCGCUCCGGCGGUUUUUAUUUUUAGAUUUUUUAAUUUCAUUUAACUCUUACUUGUUUAUCGUGUGCUAAGACCAAAUGCUAAGCUAAAAUGUUGGCGCGGAGAAUACGGAGUCGCUCAUUGCUGACUUCGUGCAUAAAGUCGGAUCGAUGUGUGGGGGUCGCAUCUAGGCAUAUAUCUAGUCUGCUGGAUGCACUGAAUCAUCAUGAAACCCUCGAGGGUUGUCUAUCCACAUUGCCUUCGAAGUCCAAGGUUGUAAUAUGUGGGGGAGGUGUGAUGGGAGCUGCUGUGGCAUACCAUUUGGCCAAACGCGGUUGGGGAGAUAAGACUAUUCUCAUUGAGAAAGAAACAAUCGGUGCAGGGAGUCGUUGGCAUGCGUCAGGGCUAGUUGGUGCAUUCAAACCGUCGUUUGCUCAAGUCCGCUUGGCACAAUCGUCAAUACAGCUCCUGCAAGAAUUGGAAGGAAAAGGAUGGAAAACGGGAUGGAAGCAGUGUGGGUCAUUGCUGUUGGCACGGACGCGGGAUCGAAUGACUGUCUACAGGAGGAUGAAAAGUCAAUCUGUUUCGUGGGGCAUAAAUUGCGAGUUGGUUAAUCCGAAGAAAUGCAAAGAGUUGUGGCCCAUGCUCAAUGUAGAGGAUGUCCUCGGUGGCUUGUGGAUACCAGAGGAUGGUGUUGGAGACCCACAUCUAUUCUGCAUGGCUCUCGUGAAAGAAGCUGUUGCUAAUGGUGUGGGAGUCAUGGAAGACUGCUCAGUGACUGCGGUGCUGUCCAAAGAUGAGAAGGUAUCUGGCGUGGAAACUACCCAGGGCGCUAUAGAAUGCGAAUACUUCGUCAACUGCGCCGGUUUCUGGGCGAGAGAGGUGGGUCAACUGGCUAAGCCGCAAGUCAAAGUUCCUUUGCUGCCCUGCGAGCACUAUUAUCUGCACACCAAACCUAUAGAAAACCUUGAUCCGAUGACACCAGUCGUACGCGAUCCUGAUGGCUUCAUAUACUUGCGUGAGAGAGACGGCUGUCUUCUAGCAGGCGGCUUCGAACCUGUCGCCAAGCCGGUCUACGAAGAAAAGAUUGAGAACGCGGCGCAACGUUGCGUGGCUGAGGACUGGGACCACUUCCACGUGUUGCUGCAACAGCUGCUUCACCGCGUGCCUUCCCUGCAACAGGCCACGUUGCACAAGCUCUGCAACGGCCUCGAGGCAUUCUCCCCGGACUGCAAGUGGAUUGUUGGCGAAGCUCCCGAGAUGUUCAACUACCACGUGGCGGCUGGUAUGAAGACGGUGGGCAUAUCGGCGGCGGGGGGAGUGGCUGAGGCGACGGCGGACGAGAUAGUCCAGAAAUACACCAAGCACGACGUGUACGAUCUCCACAUCAACCGGUUCCUCGGCCUGCACAACAAUAAACGGUUCCUGCGAGAUAGGGUCAAGGAAGUACCAGGUGUCCACUACGGUCUUCCAUACCCGUUCCAUGAAUUUGAGACGGGGCGUAAUCUCCGCAUGUCACCGAUCUACCCGACCCUCAGGGAUAAUGGCGCGGUGUUUGGCCAAGUCAUGGGCUAUGAGAGGCCUACUUGGUUCGAACACGUCGAUAAAAGCAAAGGCACCCCGCAAGAGUUGCCGUUCAAGAUUGCUUACACGAAGACAUUUGGCAAGCCGCACUGGUUUGACACGGUGCAACGGGAGUACUGGAUCUGCAGGGAGGCGGUUGGACUCGCCGACUACUCUUCCUUCACCAAGAUCGACCUUCAGUCGCAGGGACGGGAGGUGGUGGACAUGCUGCAGUAUCUGUGCUCCAACGACGUGGACGUUCCACUGGGCAGCAUCAUACACACCGGCAUGCAAAACCAACGCGGUGGCUAUGAGAACGAUUGCAGUCUUGCCCGGAUCUCCGAUAACCACUACAUGAUGAUAGCUCCAACGAUCCAGCAGACGCGUUGCAAGGUCUGGCUGAAGAGGCACCUGCCGACCAACGGGAGUGUCACCAUGUCUGACGUCACUUCCAUGUACACGGCUAUCUGUGUCAUGGGGCCCUUCAGCAGGAGUCUCCUAUCAGAGUUGACAGACACGGAUCUGGCGCCGUCCAACUUCCCGUUCUUCACGUUCAAGGAGCUGGACGUAGGGUUGGCUAACGGCAUCCGAGCCAUGAACCUAACGCACACCGGGGAACUUGGAUACGUACUCUAUAUACCCAACGAGUUUGCUCUGCACGUGUACAACCGUCUGAUCCAAGCGGGGGAGAAGUACGGGAUACAACAUGUCGGUUACUACGCUUCAAGAGCUCUGCGCGUCGAAAAGUUCUUCGCGUUCUGGGGGCAGGACCUCGACACAAUGACCACUCCCCUCGAGUGCGGCCGCACUUGGCGCGUCAAGUUCGCUAAAGACAUCCCGUUCAUCGGCCGCGAGGCGUUGCUGCGGCAAAGGGAAGAGGGUAUCCGUCGUCAGUACGUGCAGCUGCUGUUAACAGACCACGACCACGAGCUGGACAUGUGGUCUUGGGGCGGGGAGCCCAUCUUCAGAGACGGCAACUACUGCGGGCAGACCACCACCACCAGUUACGGCUUCACCUUCAAGAAACAGGUGUGUCUGGGCUUCGUGCAGAACUUGGACGCAAAUGGAGUUGCUCAGCCCGUGACCAACGAAUAUGUGCUCAGCGGCCAUUAUGAGAUUGAUAUCGGAGGCAUAAGGUACGCGGCAAAGGUAAACCUGCAUUCACCGAACCUGCCCACCAAGUACCCUGACAAGGAGCGCGACGUUUACCAAGCCACCAGGAAACACCUCGAGCCACAACAGUUUCUAGGGAGACAUUACCAACCUUAAAAUACAAACAUAUAACUUACCAACCUUAGAAACAAGACGGAAGAGAAGUAGACCGUAAAAGGAAAAGAUCAGUCGCGCCCACUAUACGAGCGUCAAGUGUAAUAAGAGAGUAGAGAGAGAGAGAGAGAGAGAGUAGAGAUAAGUAAGAUUUUGCAUCGCCACGCUUCUAAACGUUUUCAAUGAAAGAACAUAUCUCCGUCUUACGUCUCUUCUGUCUGUCUUGCUCCAGAAAAAACAUUGUAUCUCCCAUGGUAUAAGGACACCAGGUAUGCUCAAAACUGACAGCUAGCAAUUUCAAGGUUAGCCCAGCUGACGUCAUCGGACCCUGGGUUGCCAUUUCGUAAAAAAAUAAUUACCCACGUCCAAUGUUUUUAAUUUACAGUUUUAAUGAUUUUUGUAGACGUGACAAAUAGUAAUUUACUUAAUUUUCAAUAAUAAAAUAAUUCUUUUUAAUUAAAUUAAAUUAUUCAAUAAUUCGCCUUCUUGGAAUGUUGGAGAUACCAAUUGAAUGGUAACACUUACGUCGUCAAUGGGCUAGCAAUGGCGGCUUGUCAUAGGAUUGAGCAUAUCCGACCGAGGGGUUAAAAUGGCUACAUCGAAGCAAUUCAUCAAUUUGACAUUUGCGCAUAUAAAAGUAAGUGCGCAGUGCAAACAAAUGUCAAAUAGCAAUAUUGCUUUCUUAGAUGAAUUGCUUCGAUGUGGCCAUUUUAACUCCCCUGGUCUUCUUAUACCAUGGUAUCUUCGAAGAGGUAGGCAGAGGUGCAUAGAAUAUAAAUCCACUCCAGCUAUGCUCAUGUCCCAUGUAAUGGGGGCGACCUUAUAGUCAUUAAAUGGGCACAAACUUUGGAAACCACAUCAAUUAAUUUAUCUAUGAUCCAACGAAAAAUACAAACUCUUUAAAGUCGAAUUCAGUGAUUUAGAGCCUGACCCAGGAUUCGAACCCAUGUACAUGUCAAUUCAACAUUGUCCUCGGGAAAAAGAAGGUUGGCGUUUCCUAACCCUAUAGGGCAUCGGAGGAUGAUAUGUCCUCGCAGGCGAAAAGCGAAGUGGUGUGAAUAAUUUAUAAUAUUUCAUUACUUGCCUAUAUCUACUCGCGUAUGGGUAAUAUUUAACCAAAUCUCAGCUCAGUAAUUUUACAUUUGUCAAUUUAGAUACUACAAAUUGUAAGUAAGAAUCGUCAUGUGUGUACUAAUAAGAAUCUCUUCAAACAUCAAAUUUAACAAAUAUGCGCGCUUUUCCUUACACUUACUUACCUACCUAAUGUAAGUUAUAAACUAGUCUGGAAACCGUCAUUAUGAUAUUAUAUUGUAAAUAAAAACACGAAUGAAGUAUUAUAUUAUGACAAUUAAAUUGAACAGAUGAAAGUAUUCAAAAAACUUUAGUCACAAGAACUAAAAUAUGACUAAAACAAUUGCACAACAACUUUAUUAUUUAGUUCUUUCGCAAAGGCCAUCUAUCCAACAAACAACUAUACAUAUUUAUAUAGUAUGUUUAAAAACGUGUUUUUAUAACUUAUAGAAGCAAUAUUAUUUUACAGAGGCUUUGUUAUAUGUUGUGUAAAUAAUAUACUAUAAGAGAUUAAAAGUCGCAAUACAAAUUCUAUAUUAAUAAAGAACUUAAAAGCUUUGAAUUAUAUUGUGAUUUCCAAGUUAUCUUGUUAGUGAUGGAAAGAAUAAAAUUAUAUAGUAUUUUUAUAUAAAAAUAGUAAUAUUUAUCAAUAAUAUUUAAUAUUACCUAAUAACUAGUACCUUUUUAGAAUCAUUAAUUAUUGGAACUGUACAGUCCACUAUAAAUAUGUUUUUAAUUUUAUAUUAAGUACAAAGUUCUAUUGUCUGUAUAUUUGGCAUUCAAUUAAAAUUACUUACAUUAAUUCGGAUGUUUUAACGCACUGUAUAAAUUUGACACAUCUUAUAUAUUUAAUUCUAAAAUUUUGAAACGAAAUUCAAAAGUUUGUAAUGCCCAAUUCAGUUUGUUGUGUGGGAUUGAAAUUAUGACAUAUUUGAGCUAUUCAAUCACAAGCAGUGACAGAUAGCUGAACUGUCAACUGUCAUCACGCGCGGAAGUGCUGUUGAAGUUUAAGUGUUUUUCCAGACUAAAAGUGACUUUUUCGUUAUAAAAAUAGUGCUGAAGUGUAACUCUAGUUCGCGAACAUCAGAACUAGUAUUAUCUCGCCAAAUUGCACUCUGCAUCGGACACAAACUAGUGAAAUCUAAAAUCAAAUAUCACUGUU